AUGUCAAAAACUUUUACCAAGGACGACGUGGCGUCGCAUAGCAAGGGCGACAGCCUGUAUAUUGUGAUCGAUGAGGACGUCUACGAUGUCACUAAGUUUCAAGAUGAGCACCCUGGCGGCAAGAAAAUACUUCAGCGAGUGGCCGGGAAGGAUGCCUCGAAACAGUUCUGGAAGUACCACAAUGAGGGGAUCCUAAAGAAGUACAAGGCUCAACUUCAAAUUGGUUCGUUGGAUACCAAGGCCGCACCAACACCGGCGCCUGCCGCCCCAGCCCCCAAAGCCGAGCCGAAGCCGCAAGCUGCUUCGGGCGAUGUGAAGCCCCCAGCCACUGCGGAGCCACAGGAUCCUUUUGGCGAGUUGAUUCCUUUUGCCGACCCUUCAUGGUACCAGGGUUACUCCUCUCCCUACUUCAAUGAGACCCACGCUGCUCUUCGCGAGGAGAUUCGCCAAUGGGUUGACACAGAGAUCGAGCCUUAUGUCACCGAGUGGGAUGAGGGCAAGGAGGUCCCCGCCCAUAUCUACAAGCAGAUGGGCGAACGAGGCUACUUGGCCGGUCUGCUGGGUGUCAAAUACCCCGAGCAGUACACCCAAUACCGUGUGAAGGCUGUGGCACCGGACCGCUGGGACUUGUUCCACGAGAUGCUGCUGACUGAUGAGCUGUCGCGCGCCGGCAGCGGUGGUCUCGUAUGGAAUCUGGUCGGUGGGUACGGUAUUGGUUGCCCACCCCUCGUGAAAUUUGGAAAGAAGGAACUGGUGGACCGUAUUCUCCCCGGCAUUCUGGCAGGUGACAAGCGUAUUUGCUUGGCCAUCACUGAGCCCGAUGCCGGUAGUGAUGUUGCGAGCCUUGGUUGUGAGGCGAAGCUUAGCGAGGAUGGCAAGCAUUACAUUGUUAACGGCGAGAAGAAGUGGAUUACCAACGGUGUUUGGGCCGACUACUUCACCACCGCUGUGCGGACGGGUAAGCCUGGUAUGAACGGUCUCAGCGUUCUGCUCAUUGAGCGCGAGGCCGGUGGUGUCAGCACCCGCCGCAUGGACUGCCAGGGUGUCCUGAGUAGUGGUACCACUUAUGUUACCUUUGAGGACGUCAAAGUGCCCGUGGAGAAUCUGAUCGGCAAGGAGAACCAGGGUUUCAAGGUCAUCAUGACUAACUUCAACCAUGAGCGUAUCGGUAUCGUCAUCCAGUGUGUCCGCUUUGCCCGAGUUUGCUAUGAAGAGUCCGUCAAGUACGCCCACAAGCGCAAGACUUUCGGCAAACGCCUGAUUGACCACCCCGUCAUCCGCAUGAAGCUCGCCCAUAUGGCUCGCCAGAUUGAGGCCACCUAUAACUGGUUGGAGAAUAUCAUCUUCCAGUGCCAGUGCAUGGAAGAGACCGAGGCGAUGUUGAAGCUGGGUGGUGCCAUUGCCGGCCUAAAGGCGCAGUCUACCCAGACUUUCGAAUUCUGUGCCCGCGAGGCCAGUCAGAUCUUUGGUGGUCUGAGCUACAGCCGGGGUGGCCAAGGUGGCAAGAUCGAGAGACUAUACCGCGACGUGCGCGCCUACGCUAUCCCUGGUGGAAGUGAGGAGAUCAUGCUGGAUCUAAGCAUGCGCCAGAGCUUGCGUGUGCAUGAGAUGUUUGGUAUGAAGCUAUAA